UAUAGUUGGGUAAUUAUACUGUAUAUAAAUUGCGCGUACCAUGGAGCCAUUAUUAAUAUAAUCGCUUUUUACUUUCACUUUCCAGAUUUGCGAACGCACAUACUCUACAAAGACAGCGGCAGUACUUACCACACAUUUUACAAGAUUAGAUGUUUGUCAGUGGUGCUCACGAUCUGCAAAUCAUUCGCCAUCGUCCUAUUAGUCAACUCUCCUUACUCUGUUAAUGUGGUAAGUGAAAUUCAACGUAAUGUAAUGUAACAGGCAACUGCUAGCAGGUAACUACCCAAGCCCCAAAAUACUGCUUGAAGACACCCACAUCAUACUAUGAAACACCGCACUAGAAAAUAACUCAUGCGGUGUUGUCUCAUUCAUAAAUGCACCUCAGGGAUUUUACACAUCCUGUUAAUUACGCAGUCCAUUUAGAGUAACAGCAGAUGGUCGUGUAAGCCGGAGCAUCUUAUUGGGAAACGAAACCCCCAACGUAAAAUGCACCAUCCCACACUUUGAGCGACGCUAAUCGCUUUGCUCACUUGAUGACACAGGUCAUUCAGUAGCAAAGGGCAGAGUUUUUUUGCUAUCCUCGUAUCGUAAGACCCUGUUGUGAAGGAGCAAAUCAACAUAAUGCAGCACUCAUCAGAAGUAGUGUGACGUAACGAACUAAUCUUUGAGAAAGCCUGUCUGGAUUUAAAUAGAGAUAUACAUAAUCCCAUUCAGCACUUACAGGAGUUGUCAGGGGGAGCCAAGCCCAAAGAGGGGCCAGCGACAGCACUCAACACAACACCUGGUUGCAGGAAGAAACCGCAAGAGAGGAGGGUGGGAGAAAGCAGAAGAAACCCAACAAAAUCUGCCCCUCCAACCCGUGAACAGCUUGGGAAUAUGGGGAACACCAAAAGCGGCGCUUUGUCCAAAGAGAUCCUGGAUGACCUGAAGCUGAACACCAAGUACACCGAGGAAGAGCUCUGCGCAUGGUACGCCACCUUCCUCAAAGAGUGUCCCACCGGACGUAUCACCAAGGAGCAGUUUGAGGGCAUCUAUGCAAGUUUCUUUCCAGAUGCCGACCCCACCGCUUACGCCCGGCACGUCUUCCGCAGCUUUGACACGAAUGCCGACGGCACCUUGGAUUUUAAGGAGUACAUUGUGGCACUGCACCUUACCUCGUCGGGCAAGACCCUUCGCAAACUCGAAUGGGCGUUCGCUCUCUACGACGUAGACGGCAAUGGGACCAUCAGCAAAAACGAGAUGCAGGAGAUUGUACGGUCGAUAUUCAACAUGAUACCGGUCGAAGACCAGAAAAACCUUCCAGAAGAUGAGGACACACCAGAAAAGCGAGCAGACAAAAUCUGGAACUUUUUCGGAAAGAAAGAUGAUGAUAAGAUUGGAGAAGCAGAGUUCAUUCAGGGUGUCAUGGAGAACAAAGACAUCUUGAGGUUGAUACAAUUCGACGAGCCAAAGAAGAUUCAGGAGAAGCUCAAGGAGAAGAAACAUUAAUGGCCACAUUUUCAUGAGACUGAUUUCCAUUCGACACCCAGACUGCUUCUUCAGACCAGAUGCUGGAGACAAACCUAGCUUUUCUUAUAACACAUACAAGAAGUGUUUUGGGCCACCACCUCCACCUGAAGGGCCUCACUGCUAUUUCGAUUGCUUGUAGAAUCCAAUCGAUAUAAGGUCCAAUCGAAUUAGGCUCGUGUUAACAGUGCGACUCUCUGCUCAAUCCUCUUAGGAUCUGAAGGUCGGGUAAGACAAAUCCACAGGGUCCAGUGGCUCUCCUCUUUUAGAUCCCUUCAGGGUUAAGGUGGUUUAAGCGCUCAACAUGCAUUCAUCAGACUCUCAAACCAUCUGUUUAGCAGGUGAUGGGAUCAUUUUUCAAAGAACAAAUUUCUUGUACUGUGGUUUUUAGGAUGUGUUUAGGACGAUGAGAAUUUUAGACAAUUUUUAUGUGAAAAUUUAGGAAUGCAUACUGAAAACUGUGAAAAUUCAGAUGAAAGAUUAUUGUUGUACUGUUGAAAUAAGCAUGUACAAGUCAGUCACGAUUGACUGUGUGUUUUUUUGUCCAUGUAUUUGUAUUAUAAUUUAGCAGCCAUUGUACCAAUGUCAACAUGUGUUGUUCAUGUUCUUUUUUCAAUCGGUCAAUUUCAGUAUACUGUAUAUAAAUAUAUUUUGAGCUGAUUUUCAGUGCAAGGAACUGGUAAUAUCAUGUAGCCACCACUUGUUUUAGAACGUUUCUGCCCUACUUUUGUAUUAUCAUACAGAAACAAAGCUGUCUUAAAAUGUUUUUUUAGCUGGACCUUUAAUUAACUGAUUGAGUUCAGAGUGAGAUUAGAGACUUGAGUCUCUAAGUAAGUUUAGACUUGAAUACUAGAAACGGUUCUCACCCCGAGUGUAUCUUUAUCAUGUUGACGCUGCUUAUGGCCAAAGCUCUGAGGACAAGCCUGAAACACAAGGGCUUACCUCUUUCUUUUCUUAAAGCCGUCUUUGGCUCAGGGUAAUGCAUGGCCUGGUUUCAGCACUAGGACAGUGAACUGCAAAACAAUGAUAAGAGCUCUGCAGCAUGGCUGCUUUUGACUGUGGAAAACAGAGGCUAAAGGUCACCUGAGAGGAUCGCUAUUACGAGUAGUGUUGCAUUAAAAUGACCUGAAAAAAGUCUUUUUAUGGAAAUAUGGGUUUUCCAUUUUUUGGAACAGAGGUUCAAGAUUUGCCUGGUUAGCUGCAAAAGUUAA